GAAUUGCCCACUGAGGCUGCUAUGGGAAUUCCCCCCGUGUGGCCAUGUUUUGUUCUUUGGGCAAGCUCUGCCGACUCGCAGCUUUGUUCCCUCCUUAGCCCCUCCCACUUCAUAUUUGUAACAGACUCCCUGCAUCCCGGCCAUAAGCCGCUGCCCCGCUGGGCACACAACUUGGUGUUGCUGUCUGUCUAUAGCACUGACUAUCUAAACUGCUGCUCUUGUACUGUCGGGAUUUGUGUAACAGCUCCAGCUCCCCAGCCGCCUGGCACAGACAUGGACUUGCUAGCCACUGGCCCCGGGUUGCCUCAUAUUGUGCCUACCAAUGAUUCCUCUGUGGAUAGUAUGUAUGGGAUCUAUAGUGAUGUCAAAUGGACACAGUUUGUCACAACUUUACUAAGCAUUUUAGGUUCUGGAUCAAUCAUUGGCUAUGCAGUGUUUCAAAAUGCAGUAAAGUCUCCAGAGGUUCGACCUCUUUUCUACCUCAGUUUGUCAGACCUUUUUCUGGCCAUAUGUUGGCUCAUAGGGGCAGUUAUGUACAGGAAAUCAUCUUUUAACAAAAACAUUGCCUGCUACAACCUCCAGAUAUUGGGCCAGAUGUUUUAUUUAUCCACCUUUCUCUACACAUUAAACUAUAUGUGGCAGCUCUUCUGCAACGUGAGGACAAAAGUGGAGGGGGACACAAAGAAGAUCUCAGACAGCAAAUGUCAUAUAAGAAGAGCACUGACAGUUCUCUCAAGUUUGGUGCCUGUCCUUCUCAGUGUUCCUGUGCUCUGUUUUGGGAAUAGCUAUGAAUGUUAUGGAAAUUCCACUCACCCACACAGCUGUUUAGUACUGAAUGUUGGAUCACAAAUUACUGCUGACCAGAGCACUAACAACAGCACCGCCUGCACAGUCAUCUACUACUACAGCGCAGUGGUGUUUCUUUCCAUGUUCCUCCUAUCAGCUGCUCUUAUUCUGAUCCUGAUGGGGAGCACCUAUAUUCUUUGCAGCAGAUAUCUUACAACAAGGGGCCCAUUUGUGUUCCAGCAAUGGGCAGCAAUAAGUGUGGCAAAACAGAACCUCUUCCUUAUCCCUUUCAUCUUCUUCUUGUGCUGCAUGCCAGCUGUUACACUUACUGCCGUGAAACUGCACAAGCCCUAUGUGGAAUAUGAAGUCUUCACCAUCCUCUAUUUUAUUCUGGCCUUAACAGCUGUAUCCCAAGGCUUUUUCAACUGCUUGGCACAUGGUUGGACCCAAAGGAUGCUGCGCUACUUGAAACAGACUACUUGCCGCGACGUUGACACACAGACCCCCUUAUUGCGUUCACAGAAGAAGUGCUAUGCCAGUGUACAUGUCUCCACAGAUGCCAUAUUGCCACAGAAAGUCUCUGCUCUAUGACAAGUCAGGGACUCACAUUCUGAGAGACUUCUGGGUAAGCUGACAUAGUGUGGUGGAAGCAGAAAACAGGGAAGUACAGGAGCUUUGUCUGAACCUUCCUCAACUCUCUUCCCUUCCAAUAGUGCCACUAGGAAAUAUAAAGUAAUCUUCAAGUAUUCAUACUGGCCCAUGACUUUUUUACUAUUGGAAUCACUACCAGUAUUUCUCAUCUGAGCACUCUAAAGUGCCAUCGGCGCCAACACCUUGUGCCAUAGACGUUCUGCCGAGGUUUUACAGCCCAGGAGCUGGUGGAAUCCUAUCUGCAUCGCCUUUAUCUUCAGACACUAUUGUAUUUCACAGCAAGGCUGUUUAUGUGACACAGACAUGGACUUAACUGAUGUGAACUUUUGUGCAUAUUUUAUUUACUAAGGUGCUGCAAGUGAUUAUGUAUCUGUUAAACACAUUUCUAAAGGCCUUUUUAAAUGGGAACCUACAAAGCACUACAUUUUAGCAGAUGUCUGACCAGACCAGGUAACAAAUAUUUUAUUCUUAAUCAAGCAUCUUUUAUUAUAUGGAAAACCCUAAAGGCCAUACACGUAGCAAUUCCGAAAGAUCGUUCCCACCCUCCACUGACGUUCAGGGCUGGAUUGUCAGAUAUGGAGGUAGAAACAAUAGAAAUUCUACCUCCACAUGGCGAUUCAGCCCUGAACGUAGAUUUUGCUUGGGCACCUUCAAUGGUGCUGAUCAAAAUCUUUUAACCCAGCUGAUUGAUCGACCAAUAUCCGCAGUCUUCGUACGAUAAUAUCGGUGCGUGUAAGGCCGGCUUUAGUCUUUAAAGUAAAGCUAAUGAUGGGACAUGAUUCUUAUCAUCCUCCUUUUUUUAUAAAGCACUGACAUGUUACAUAGCGCUUUAGAGCUUAAACACAUUUCAUUACAAUCACUGCCGAUUGGAGCUUACAGUCUAUCACACAACACAUACUAGGAUCUGUUUCAUAAGGGGACAAUUUGUCUGCUUGGAUGUAAAUCCAAGAAAUAGACACACAUAAGCUGUACAGACUCUUUGUAAUGUUGCAAAGCAGUAUUGCUACCUACUGUGCCAUUGCACAGCCACAUGUUCCUGGAAAACCUUCUUAGGAUGGCAGCCAGAUUUGACAUAGUUUACACAUAAACUGCUCCCUAAAAUAGGGAGUAACUUUUGCUGCAAGCUGUUUAUUGGGGUUGGUGUAUCUUUCAUGUCAGGAUUAGGCAGGCAUAUAGCCCUAGUGGUUUUUCUAUGGGAUCAGGAUGGCAUAUGGCCAUAGUGGGAUCUCUAUGGGAUCAGGGUGAUAGAUUACCUAUGGCAAAAUCACACAAGUAAAUAGCAAUAUGAUUUCUCUGCUGUAAGGAGUUUGAUAAAUCUGACACAAUUAGUUUUAGAUUGAUUGGAUCACACCAUACACAGGCAGAUUUAAGAUGCUAAUUUAGCCCCUUGAGUUGGCAGCCCAUAUAUCUGCUUAUAUAUAGGCCCUCCCUGGAGAAACUUGGCCAGAUAUCUAUCGGACAGGUUUAUCAGCACAUUGAUGAGGUUCUCUCCCCAUGGGUCUGCAGAGGAAGCCAUUAUGAUCCAAUUGUUGGCCUGCAGGCCACAAAAUCAGAUCUGAUCGAUUUGGUCCAGAAUGUAGGGGGCCAAAUCUGGCAAAGAUCUGCCUGUUUGGUCACCUUGUCAAAUAAACGGAUCUUGUUGGUUAUGGCAAGCUUAAUUUUUAGGUUGAAUUUUAAGUCACACCUAUUUGCUUCAGGCACAACUAAUGAAACCUGCAGUUACAUUUGAGAUGAGAUCUCUGCUUGUGACUUGUAGGCCAAUCACCUGUGAUACUACCUACAUGUUAUUAGUCGCUUAUGUAAACUAAACCUAAAGGUUUUGCAUUUUGUUGGUAUUUAUGUCUCAGCAAAAAAAGUGAAGGGAACAAAGUGUCAGUUGUGUUAUAUUGGAGCAUUAUUUAUUGUUACGUGUUUACAAUGUGACUGAAUAUAAUGUAAUAAAGACCUAAAACCAUUUGA